AUGGCCCCAGUGGUGCCGGCCGAGGCCUUCGCCGGGAAGCUGCCGGCGGGGAAGGGGGGGUACUCGAAGAAGGCGUAUGUGACCUUCCUCGCGGGUAGCGGGGACUACGUGAAGGGGGUGGUGGGGUUGGCCAAGGGGCUGCGGAAGGUGAAGAGCGCGUACCCGCUGGUGGUGGCGGCGCUGCCGGAUGUGCCGGAGGAGCACCGCCAACUGCUCCGCUCGCAGGGCUGCGUCAUUCGCGAGAUCGAGCCCGUCUACCCCCCAGAUAGUCAAACCCAGUUCGCCAUGGCCUACUACGUCCUCAACUACUCCAAGCUCCGCAUCUGGAAUGUGAGUAUAUAACAUAUAUGUACGGGCUUCUUCUGCAUGGCUUUAAAGUUAACGUGGGGGGGUGGGAGAACUUUUCUUUUUUUUUUGGCAUGAUUGGGGGAGGCUGACGAUGAGGUGGGUGCAGUUCGAGGAGUACAGCAAGAUGGUGUACCUGGACGCGGACAUCCAGGUGUACGAGAACGUCGACCACCUGUUCGACAACCCCGACGGCUACUUCUACGCCGUUAUGGACUGCUUCUGCGAGAAGACGUGGAGCCACUCGCGGCAGUACUCCAUCGGGUACUGCCAGCAGUGCCCGGACAAGGUGACGUGGCCCGCCGACAUGGGCAGCCCUCCCUCUCUCUACUUCAACGCCGGCAUGUUCGUCUUUGAGCCCAGCCGUUUGACCUGCGACAGCCUCCUCGAGACCGUCAAGGUCACCCCCCCCACUCCCUUCGCUGAGCAGGUACCUCUCUCUCUCUCUCUCUUCUGCUUCUUCUUCUUCUUCUUCUUCUUCUUCUUCUUAUUAUUAUUAUUAUUAUUAUUAUUGUUAUCUCUCUCUUUCGUCGUUGGAUUUGAUCAUUAUCUUGUCAAUCCUCGACCCCUAUGAACAACGGCGGUGGGUGGGGUCAAUGAAGGAUGCUAUUUCCUACUUCGGAAAGCCUUGACUGAGAGCUUGGUUGUGUGGCCCUCGGCAGGAUUUCCUGAACUUCUUCUUCGAGAAGAUUUACAAGCCCAUCCCCCUGACGUACAACUUGGUCUUGGCCAUGCUGUGGCGCCACCCCGAGAACGUCGAGCUCGAGAAAGUCAAAGUCGUCCACUAUUGCGCCGCCGUAAGCAUCCGUCUUCCUCCUCAUCCCCCAAGAAUAACCACUCUCAGUAACCCUACAUAAUAAAACGGAGACCUCGGUGUUGACUUGGGUCUUAUGUGCUGCGCUGCGCUAGGGUUCCAAACCGUGGAGAUACACGGGGAAGGAAGCCAACAUGGAUCGGGAGGACAUCAAGAUGCUGGUGGCCAAGUGGUGGGACAUCUACAACGACGAGUCGCUGGACUUCAACCCCGCAGAUGAGGCCCCAGAGGCGGAGGCGUCCUUGUCCAGGGCCCCCGUCGACCUGCCCCUGCAAGAAACCUCCGUGCCCUUGGUCACGGUCCCCUCCGCCGCCUAA